AUGUGUUGCUGGGAGGCGGUGGGAUCAUCGGAGGUGGACUGCGAGGCGGUGGGGGAUUGCGAGGGGGUGGGGCCAUCAUGGGGGGGGGAUUGCGAGGUGGUGGGGCCAUCAUCGGAGGAGGAUUGCGGUGGGGGUGGGGCCAUCAUCGGAGGGAUUGCGUGGCGGUGGGGCCAUCAUGGGGGUGGAUUGCGAGGCGGUGGGGCCAUCAUCGGAGGAGGAUUGCGUGGGGGUGGGGCCAUCAUCGGAGGGGGAUUGUGUGGCGGUGGGGCCAUCAUGGGGGGUGGAUUGCGAGGUGGUGGAGCCAUCAUCGGAGGGGGAUUGCGUGGCGGUGGGGCCAUCAUUGGAGGUGGAUUGCGUGGCGGUGGGGCCAUCGUCGGAAGUGGAUUGCCGCCGCCAAGGCAAGGCGGUAGUACAGGUAGUGAAAUUGAAGUGCCAAGGGAGAAGGAUGCAAGGCUGAGCAGGGAAAGUAGGAGGAUAGCUAAGGCUUGGUCUUUGGAAGCCAUACUCGAGAAAUUAUACAAAAUAUUUGUAAUUUGCUUUUGCUGGUAUAUAUGGUGA